GCAGCGGCUUCCCGCCCCCGGAGAUCGAAGACGCUGAUCUUCGAGGGCAACUCCUUGCUGUAACCUCCAGAGUGUGUCAAACGGAUUCGUCACUUGGUUUCCAGGGGGCUACCAUGACGGUCACCGUGGUGUAUGAUAACUCUGAGGCCACGGAGCUCUGUGCAGCUCAGCACCUCUACCUCAAGCCCAUAGCAAAACUGAUGAUCAAUGUAUUGCUCCCAGAGACCUCAGAACCUAUGAGGCCCUUCUCCAACUGGGAAGUUCUUGACCAGCUUAAGAGCCUAAUUUGUCCUGAUCAGUUCACCACGGUUCGGCUCUCCAAGAGCACCAAGGACUUCAUCCGGUUCGAGGGUGAGGCCGAAACGCGAAGUUUGGUUCAGAUCUUGAAGGCCAAGUUACAUGGGAAGAUCAUCAAGCUAAACGGGUUGAAAACAGACUUAAAAGUAGUGGCUACAGACGCCCAGGGAGAGUGGGAACGCUUCCCCAGGGGAAAGGAGGCCUCACUGAGUGAUGGCGCUGAAGAGCAGGACCAGGAUAAGAGCCCCGACUCUAUAUAUUUUGAAGGCUUGCCCUGCAAAUGGUUUGCACCUAAAGGUUCCAGCGGGGAGAAGCCAUGCGAAGAGAUCCUCCGGGUGGUCUUUGAAAGCUUUGGGAAGAUCAAGAACGUGGAUAUCCCUAUGCUAGACCCCUACAGAGAAGUGAUGACUGGUGGGAGCUUUGGGGGUUUCAGCUUCGGCUUGCAGACAUUUGAGGCCUUUAUACAGUACCAGGAGUCGACGGACUUUGUAAAAGCCAUGGAGUCCCUUCGAGGUAUGAAGCUAAUGCUCAAAGGAGAUGAUGGGAAAGCUCUGGCCUGUAACAUCAAGGUUAAGUUUGAUACAACCAAACAUUUCAGCGAAGGAGCCAUAAGGAGGAGAAAUCAAGAAAGGCUAAAAUUACAAGAACUAGAGGAAGAAAGGAAGAAAGAAAAGAGGAGAGACGAGGAAAAGGCUGCAAGGAAAAGAAAAGAGGAGGAGAGGAGAGCCCAGGCAAAGAGGAGGAAGGCCAGGGUCAGGCGGCGGGCCCUGAAGGAAAGAGACAGCCACCGGCGAAGGAAACCGAAGGAGCCAGCCAGAGCCGACGCUGCCUGUGAGCCUGAGUCUUUGGAAGAGUGGGAGGAGAGGAAGCGCCUGCUGGCUCGGAGGAGGGGGGAGGCCCUUCGGUUGCUACGAGUCCUCUUGAGGAAAAUUGCAGAAUCGACACAGUUUAACCCACAGGGGGUAGACGAUCCAAGCCCCAGAGUGAACCGUACUCCAGGGAGCACAUUGGAAACUCUGAAGGAAGAAGAGUUAAACAGCCAGUAUCUUCAGAAUCAGGAAGAAAUGUCGAAACAUCAGGUUGCCAAGUCACACCAUAAACGAAAACAAAAAAUGAAGAAAAGAAGUAGGUCUCACUUACAUAAAUCUUCCCACCACCUCAGGAGAAAAAAAAUAAGAUCUUCAGCUAGAAAAAAGAGAGCUAGAAAAGCACUGGGCAAUGGAUACGAUGACAUUUUGGUCUCUGACCAGAAUUCUUUUCGGAAUGCAACAAUGCAAGGUCAGCGUCUUGAGAAAGAAGACUGCCACAGUUCUCAUAAAUCCAAUUCUUCCAGAUUAUCUGAGCGAAGGCAGGGCAGGAAACAGAAGAUCUGUGAAACAGAUGAGUUCAUUGAUUACCUGUUAAACUACCAUCAAAUUCUAGACUAUGACCGUAUCUGCCUACAAGCAAGUGAUGCCUCAAACACGGGUGAGUGGCAAAGGGCUGUCCACACUAAGGGAAAUGGAUUUCAAGUCACUUUGAGAAAACGUAAGCAUCACUCUGCCAGUUUGAGCCCAGUGCAAAACCUGGCAACGAGAGAACAGGCUCAAGAAGACAAUGGCUUGUCAGCGCUUUGUACUCAGGAUCCUGAGCAUAAACCACAAAAGAGAGGAAGAGUGGAUUAUGCCAAAGAAUGUAGCACGGAGUUAACAAAUCACUGCCAGGACACCGCCAGUGAAGCUGGUGAUCACCUGUCCCCAACUGAUGGAAAGAGCCAUCUGUCGGAAGAGAUUAAUGCUUGCCAGGUCAGAGAUUCCAGAUCCACAAGUCAAGGCCAGGCUUCCUCACCCAACAAGUCAGCAGACUUAGAAAUAGAGUUGACCGAUUUCUUAGAGGAAAUUAGUAGUGAUUCUGAAUGCUUCAGUGAAAUCCUUAGCACAAACAAAGAAGACAAAGAGAAACCUGUGACCACAUACAAGAGCUCCCCAGAAAAAAGAUCUCUUGAUGCUAAUGAAAUCACCACUAGUGAUCAAGAACUUAGGUCAAGUCCGCAGACCUGGUAUUCAGAGUGGAACCAUGAUGGGGAGGAAAGCUACUCCAAAUACAAGCUUUGGAAACUGGCCAAGAGGUCCAAGUAUGAACUGACAUGUUCAUGGCUUGAAAAUGCAAACAGUUUCAUGAGAGAUGAGAACGACAGCAAACAGAAUGAAAUGCUAGCCCCCAAAUACUUGUUUGAUAAAGGCUACUACCGUGGGUCCAGUCCCAGAGAUCUAUUAGACGACAUGACCAGAAAGAGGAGGAGGUUCGACGAUAGUACAUUCGACCAGAACGUGAAGUAUAGGCCCUCUCAUGUGCCAACAGCAUCAUCAAACAGCACUAAUGUUUUCUAUUUGGGGGAUUUCCCCCAAAGAAGAGAGAUCCCCUGGAGGCCAGAAUACAACCAGGAGGUGAGAAGUUUCAAAAGACAUGAGAAUUUUAAUGAUUUCAUGCUGAAUUCUGAUAAAUAUUAUAUUAGAGAGAACAAUCAGGAGCCCAUGGACUAUGGAAGCUAUUUACGAACCAGCUACACUAGUCCUCUGUAUUUUCAAAUGUUUUGAAGGUCUCUUAGUUCAGAAAACACCCUCAUUCACGGUAAACAAAUUGCAAGAAAAAGAUUUAAAACCAAAUAUAGUGAUGUAGUUAGCAACUGCAGAGCAAGAGAGCAACACUUAAAAGUUUGAGCAAGGUCAAAUGCAAAAACCUUUUCUCUCUUGCCAAAGUAUAAAGCAUAAAUGACUGCCGGUGUGUUGGCAAACUUUAGAAAUAAAAAAAAAAUCCAGAUUCUGAAGGUUGGUAAAACAAUGUGCCCACAAAACUUCUUGAUCCAAGGACAGACAUUUCUACAGUUCAGCUGUGACUUUAAUUUGGUACCAGUGAGGGAACAAAUGAACAGUGGGAGGAGUUGAGGUGGCCCUCCGUGGCUCUUUAGCUGUUCUAACAUCAUCAUUUAGUGUCAUUUAUCUUCAAAACGGACAACAGUGAAUGAAAUAAGAUCUUUUUACACAUUCUUGGACUUGGUCACAAACACCACGUGCAGCAGCGGAACUCUCCUGACUUUGAUCUAGAAAUAACUUAUAGGGAACAGAAGGGAUGACAGCUAGAACAUACCACAGACUCGUUCGUGACAUUGGAAGGUUUCGUGGCCACCCACCAGAGGGAAAUGAAUCUUCUAAAUAUGUUCAUAGUACUCAAAGAGUUGUCCUUUUAGAAACAAAAUUUGGAAGAAGAAACUAAAAGGGGCUCAGAUUGUCCUUUGAGGCUUAAACGGAUGGUGGAGCAUUUGCAGAGUUUUGUUCUUGUUGUUGUUUUUGAAGAACCCCAUGUCAUUCCAUCCUAGAAAAGCAAGAGAACUGAAGUAAAAGAACCAGUGGGAUUUGCAAAAGGAAAUGCGGAAUGAUCCUGGGGCACCGAUACCAGCACCUUGGGAAGAUAGGACAUGGCAGUAUUUCGUUUCAGGUUAUGUAAUCCUCUCACUCAGGGUUGGGUGACAUCAGUUUGUAAAAAGCCACUGACUAUCCCCAAACCUACUUUUGAUAACACAUUAACAAGUGCCUCCCCAAUCCUCAAUAACGCCGUGGAGUUAGGAGUCAGGGGCAAAGCCCUAGUUUUCUAGCUGGGGGAAAACAGUAUGUGUGAAGGAUUUGUAAACUCGUAACAUAAGCAGUUUAUCUUUUUACCUACUGGUUUUGGACUUCUUGACUAUGUUUUUAAAUUGAGAUAUUUUAUAGAUUCAUAAAGACUUACAUCUUAAUGCAGUGCAUGUUCUAUUAAAAGCUCGGCUGAUUCAUUCCGCCUUAUAUAGGAUGUAGGACCUCAGGGGCAGUAGAUGACCUUCCCA